CGCCGGCAAGUUGUACUCGCCACUCAGUCAGUCAGUAAGUCAGUAAGUCAGUAAGUCACUAAGUCAAUCAGUCGGUGAAGCACAUAAUCGAUCCAGCCGGCGAAUCAAUUAAACCGUUUGUUUGAUCGACGCCAGGGACUCGGGCACCGCCGGUGAUUUAUUAAGAUCACCCCGUGGACAAAUUUCCUGGUUGAUGGUGCAUUCACCUUAUGAAACGUGCGGUGUGUUUCAGCGCUUGAGUGAGUUACCGCUGGUACAACGUUAAGCAGUGGAUAAUUUGUUCCGCGGCCAAAGAAGACGCGUGUAUCGACGCGAUACCGUAGUGCUCUAGUGCUCGUAUCAGCGCCGAAGAGGAUUAGUUCCGAUAAUGUGGACGGUAAGUCGACUUUAAUUGCUGAAAGACGCAUCGAAGGCAACUUUAAACUAGAAACUCGAGCAACGAUUAUUAGACUUUGGAUAUCUACAAGCAAUCUUAAGUUUGCCUGAAGUUCCUGAAUAUUAUCCGCUACACAUUCGUUAGCCGGAAGAGCGUCUAAAAUGAGAACUCCCACGAAUUGAUGUCGUUUCAUUUUAAACAACGCCGGAAGAAGUACACUUAAUAAGAAGAUUGAAAUUCAAUUUCCGCCUUGACCAAGUUACAGCAGAGCUCUGAGCUUACAAUACAGAAGAAUUAAAUGAAUGUUCGGCGAUUAAAGAAGAGGCUUCAGAUCCCAGUGAAACGUUGAUGAAGAGGAGGACGUAAACGAUCGAUAUGCAUCGCGAGACGUGUCUCAAACCGAUUCUGACAAACACGACCAAAAGGUGAUUAACAACUAUUCGUGUCCCCACAUAAGUGGUUGUGGAGGAACACCGAGGAUGGAGCUGCACGUGUUCACCUGCGUCACGACUGCGAUUAUAACGUCUAUUGCAUUGAUCGACGUUAUAAAUUCAAACCCAACGUACUAUGUGAAACCUAUCGAGGACGAGAAUGACUACGCCCGGGUCUUGGAGCUUUCGCUGUUAUUUUACGAAGCACAACGAUCAGGAAAAUUACCAAAGAACAAUAGAAUCCCAUGGAGAAAGGACUCGGCGCUGAACGAUCAUGGUUUAAACGGUGAAGAUCUGACUGGAGGUUAUUACGAUGCUGGUGAUUUUGUGAAAUUCGGAUUCACAAUGGCCUCGACGACAACACUAUUAGCCUGGGGCGCAGUCAGCUGGUCAGAAGCGUACAACGCAGCCGGACAACUGGAUGAACUUCGUGAAGCUAUUAAAUGGGCUACCGACUAUUUCAUCAAGUGUCACGUUAGCGAAUACGUUCUUUAUGGGCAAGUCGGAGACUUCUCGCUUGAUCACACGUUCUGGGGAAGACCGGAAGAAUUGAAUACCAGCAGACCUGCGUACAAGAUCGAUCCAGAACAUCCUGGCUCCGACUUGGCGGGAGAAACAGCGGCUGCCCUCGCCGCAUCGAGUAUUGUUUUUCACAACCACGAUCCCGAGUACAGUGCAGAAUGUUUAAAGCACGCCAAAGAAUUGUACAGAUUCGCGAGCAGAUAUCGAGGACUUUAUCACGAAGCGAUUCGCGGAGCAGCUCAAUAUUACGAGAGCACCGAUUAUGGCGAUGAAUUGGCCUGGGCAGCUGCCUGGCUUUUCAAAGCAACGAACGAAACGAUGUAUCUCGAGGAUGCUGAGGAUUAUUACCAACAUUUCCAUCUCAAAGAGAGGCCAAAUGAAUUCUUUUAUAAUAAGAAGGUCGCUGGAGUCCAGGUCCUGUUGGCUCAAUUAACAGGACAAAUGGAAUAUCAGAAUGCAGCACGCGCUUUUUGCGACUUCUCGGUGCGCCAGCAAAAACGUACGCCGAAGGGUUUGCUCUAUAUCGACAAAUUCGGUACUUUGUGCCAUGCGGCGAACGUGGCGUUCGUUUGCCUGGAGGCGGCCGACUCUCCCGGUAUCGGCAAUCCUCAGGAAUAUCGUGAAUUUGCCGAGCAACAAAUUUAUUAUAUGCUGGGUGGCGGCGGAAGGAGCUAUGUGAUCGGAUGGGGUCGAAAUCCACCAAAGCAGCCUCAUCAUGCAGCCUCGUCUUGCCCUGACAGACCAGCAGCCUGCGGAUGGCCUGAAUUUGACAAGAAUGCUCCAAAUCCGCAAAUUUUAUACGGGGCCUUGGUUUCCGGACCCGACGAGGCGGAUAAGUUCCACGAUCAUCGAGAAGAUUACGUGUACACUGAAGUCACAUUGGACUAUAACGCUGGUUUCACUAGCGCGCUAGCCGGACUCUUGCAAUUGCGGGUCAAAAGCACGACUUAACGAUCGGUCACACUGUAAAUGUUGUAACUACGAACGAGCAGUUGCUUCUUUCUUUUUUCUACGAGCGUUUCUUUUUUACGCGUGAAACAGCACUGUAAUAUAUAGAUCUCGUUUUGUUAGAAAUAAGGAUGCCGAUUGCGUGAUCUACAGAUAUACCGACGCAACUUGAUCGAGGAUCAGAUCGUGCGAAUGUGUUCCAUGAACGGAGGCGAACAAAAUAUUACGCAAUUUUGUAUUACUAAAUAAUUUAUCAGAAGGUUAUAGUAAAAACAUUACAUGUAACAGAAGCUAUUAGUUUGAUUGAAUAGUUAGUAAUGAAUUGUAAUAGAUACGAGUGUGCAGAAUAGAGUUUAAAUGAGGUUCAGUUUAGAUUUGGUGAGAUAGAAACUGGAGGCAUCGUUUUGUACAAUUUUACACGGAAAUCUUUGAAAUUAUUAAUCCUUCGAACUUCUGAGGCAGCUCUCAGCCGACACUUCGUUUGAUACAGCAAAAUUAUAAAGUUUGAUAUUUAAUGUUGAGCUUCAUGUAACUCAUCAAUACGUGAAAUAUUGAAAUGAAACAGUUUUAUUCCUCAAUCUACGUACCAUUUCUCGUUAACUUAGUUUCAAAGAAUGUUUUCUUUGUUUCAUUAGAAACUAUUGAGUGUUUCUAGGGAGAAAAACACAUUCUCGAGCGAAUGUACAGAAUCGAGUUUCCCUGUUCCUGAAUUGUAUUCAACGUGAAAUAAUUAUGUUUUCUUUCACAUUGUAUAUUUUUAUUAUAAUUUCUCUACGCACCAUAUAAAUGUACGUGUAUAUACUUUUAUAAAAUAUU